GAGCGGCGAUGUCACCACGCUCGCGUGACGUCACUGCCGCCUCGGUGACGUCAUUGCCACAAUGCAGUUCUGUGACGUCACCACACCCCCAGCUCAGUGUUCUCACUACCCCUGCUGUCGCGUGGCGCUGACCCUGCCCCGCCCCCCCAGGCUUGGGCUGUCCCAGGGUGCCCUGGAGGGGAGACAUGUGGGAUCGCCGUGCCGGCUCCACCAUCGCACCGUGAGGAGCCUGGGUCGUUACAGGCCUUCGCUCUCCAGGCCGGGGGCGGUUAAACGCCUUCUCCCUAGGCCUGGUGUCUCCAGGGGCUGGCUGAUAUUCCACACGGACAAAUUCAGGAUCCCGCCUGAUAUGGGAGGACAAAGGGGUGUGCUGUGUCCUCCUGGGCUUUCCCUGUGUGGCCAGGCGCUGAGUGUGGGAAAUCGCUAUGAUCCAGGGCUCUCGUGACCCCACCUGGUGGUGCUGGGACAAGAGGGGACCUGUCCAGACUUUGCCUAUCCGAGAGAUUGUGCUGGCAACUUGCCUGGACCUACAGUAACGAGCCUCCAGUGGAGCAGAAGGCAGCUGCUUUCACCCCAGGGUGGGAGCUUGGAGGUGACCAGGCCCAGCAUGUGAUGCUCCCUCUGAAUCUGAGUGGCAGAGCCUGGUACCUGGAGUCUCUGUGGAGCCAGGCUUUGACCACGUUUCUCUAGGGCUUCACGUUUCUUAGGGUGCGGUGUACCAUGUCCUUCCCAAACCGGCUAGCCUAGCUUCCCUAGGAGGCAGCUAAUGAUGGCAACAGAGAGCUGAGGGAGUUGCUUGUCCUCAGGACUGUGAUGUGAGGGGCGUGGAGAUUCUCUUAUGUCUUGGUGGAUCGUGGACAGUGCCUUCAGCACAUGGACAGCGCGCAUUGGAGUUGUGGGCCUGUCUGGGAUGGGACAGGAGCAGAUGUUCUGUUCCUGCUGAUAUCUCAUGCGCCUGGGGACAGCAUUAACAGUUAGGCUGCCCUCUCUGAUGAAAGGCACCUCGGAUGAUGACGUCCCAUGCCCUGGGUACCUGUUUGAGGAAAUUGCAAAGAUCUCCCACGACUCCCCAGGGAGCAGUCAGUGCCUCCUGGAGCACCUCCUGAACCGACUGCAGAAUAACUCCUGUCACGUCAAGCUGAAGGUGCUGAAGAUUCUGCUGUACAUGUGCACACAUGGCUCUUUGCAGUUCCUUCAGCAGCUGAAAAGGAAUUCCGCCUUCAUCCAGGAAGCAGCAGUGUUCGCAGGGCCGCCAGAUCCCCUGCACGGCAACAGCUUGUACCAGAAGGUCCGAGCAGCAGCACAGGAUUUGGCUAGUGCUUUAUUUUUGGAUACCUUGUCGCCCCCGCCCUCUGCUCAGCCCUCCAGGCCACUUCCCCCAACAGGAAUGGGCUGCAAGCCUGGCCCCUGCAGCUCCUUGCAAGGCUUUGGCUUCACGAGCGAGAGAAGCGGCUCCCCUUCCGCCAGCGAGGCCCUGCUCGCCACCAUACAGAAAGCAGCCGAGGCGGUCGCCAGCGCUGUGCUGCCCAGCCCAGAGUUCCCCCCUCCCUGCCCCAGGGAGCUACAGGAUGAUGCCUACCAGCCCGUGACGGCGCCUUCUCCUGGCAAAAGCUGUGUGGUGCCUCAGAAGCCCCCUGCUGCAGCCCACAGCAUGCGAGUGAGUCACCAACCUGGGCAGGCAGGAGGUGGCUGGGAAGAGAUGGACAGUGGGCACAGCUCCCAGAACUCCUCGCAGGAGAACGGGGAGCUGAGCAGGACCUCCGACUCCUACAGCAAAUCAGGCAGCGACAGCCCCUCGGGGGCCAGCAGGGAGCUGGGGAACGUAACUGAGAGGGUGGAGGGCGACUGCCUGCAGGAGCUGAGCCUGGUGAGCGCGCUGACCAGGGGCUCCAAGGUCUUCCUGACACGGGAGGAGGCCCAGCACUUCAUCAAAGAGUGCGGACUGCUGAACUGUGAGGUGGUGCUGGAGCUGCUGAGCCGGACGCUGCAGGACCCCAGCCAGCUCAUCUGCAUGAGGUCCAUGUGUGCCAUAUCUUCCCUCCUGUGCUCCGACCUGCUGGCCCACGAGCAGAUCUCUGUGAUUACCCGGCCACACCUGCAGCAGCUCAGCCAAAGAAGCCCCGGUCCCGUGGCCAACAAAGCAACAAAGCUCCUGAGGCAGUUUGAGGCUUUGUGCAGGAGCUGCCCGUCUCCCAAGAGAUCAGAGCCAGACAUGGAUCCCUCUGCUCUUGCCGGGGGCUCCCCCCAACACACGUGUGACUUGCUGAUGGACCUCAUGCCUCUGGCAGGAGAUACCGUGCUCAAGCCUGUGAGCUUAGCCCCUUUCCUCUCGGAGACAUGUAAAGCCCCAGCAUUCGAUGCGCAUCCUGUGGCCGUGCCCGCCCCUGCGGGAGAGCAGAGCACAGAAGGGGAGACCUGUGAGCCAUUUGGGGAUGUUGCACCAGGCUGUCGGUGCCAGCAGGAGGUGGAGUGCAGACUAAUGGGGCCUGAGGCCCGGCUGGAUGCUGCCCGGAUCGAUUCCGGGCGUGCACAGACGUUGAAUGGCAGGCAGGGGGCAGCUGUACCCCCUCAGAGCCUCUCCCUGUUCGCUGGCAUGGAGCUGGUGGCCCUUCCAGGCACAGCAGUAGCCAACUCUGGUGGGGAGGGAUGUGCCUCUUGUGUUCCACAGACACUGCCCUGCACUGGGACUGCCAGCACCAAUGCUCACGGGGACUCCGAGGGCAGCAGGGAACCUUCUGCAUUCUCCUUCCUCAACAUGUAGCAGCUGGGGCUGCAGGACGCUGAGGGACUGGGGUCUUGCUCACUGCGUGUCGAUUUCAGACCAUCACUACAGCUGCUCACUCCAAAGCGAGGCCUCCCCAUUCCUUGUGGGUGCUGCCAAGUCCACGUCCUGCAGAAAGGGGCUGGCAGUGCCGGUGCUGCUGGGGAGUAUCUCACUGGGGCACAAUGAGGAAAUGGAGUCUCCAGUCACUCCCUUCAGUUUGAUCCCUGGAGGUGCCCUCGAAAAAUCCAUGAGUAACCCUACAAUAACAAUCCAGCAUGAUCCUACACGGGGGAGAGGGGGAAUGUGCCACGACAGCCAGUUCCAGGCUGCCAAAGGGGGAGGGGGGGCAGGAAUGAGAAUCCCCUUGACUCUACCCCCACGUUAAGGUUGUGCUACAGGUUUAAGGCUAAUCAUAUGUGCUUGGCUGCUCUGGCCCUG